AUGUUUAGUUCUACUCCAUACUUUUUUAUUUCAGUGCCAUCAAGAGCAAGUAUAGUUGAUAUUCAUGCGAAUGCAAAAUGGUCACAGAAUGCCAUCACUGUUGCUGGAGGAAAUGGACAAGGCAGCGGAACCAACCAACUUUUUUGGUCGUAUGGUUUCUACAUCGACGAUGAUCAAACGAUUUAUGUCGCUGAUUGGGGAAAUAACCGUAUUGUGCAAUGGAAAUCUGGUGCGAUGAAUGGAAAAGUAGUUGCUGGUGGAAAUGAAGUUCAUCAAUUAUAUAAUCCAGUAGAUGUGAUUAUCGAUAAAGAAAGCGAUAGUUUCAUCAUCAGUGAUAGAUGGAACUACAGAAUAGUUCGAUGGCCUCGUCGAAAUGGUACGAGUGGAGACACAAUGAUUUCGAAUAUCUCUUGUGCCGGUUUGGCAAUGGACGAAAAUGGUUCUCUGUAUGUCGUUGAUAGUGAAAAACAUGAAGUGAGACGAUAUAAAACUGGUGACAAUAAUGGAAUAGUGAUUGCGGGUGGUAAUGAAAAAGGAAAUCGUCUUGAUCAACUCUCUGCACCCCGCUACGUAUUUGUCCAUCGAGAUUGUUCAAUUUAUGUGUCUGAUUUUGACAAUCAUCGUGUAAUGAAAUGGAAAGAAGGUACAACACAAGGCAUUGUUGUAGCCGGUGGUCAAGGACCAGGAAAUAGUCUCAUGCAAUUGCAUGGUCCUCAAGGAGUUGUUGUCGAUCAAUUGGAUACUGUCUAUGUGGCUGACAGGAGAAAUAAGCAAGUCAUGCGUUGGCCAAAAGGAGCCACACAGAGAAGCGUGAUUGUUAGUGAAAACGAUCAAAGAACACAGUCAGAUCAAUUCUAUUAUCCUACAGGUUUAUCAUUCGAUUGCUAUGGUAAUCUAUGUUGCCGAUUCUUGGAAUAA